CGCCCCGGGACGGAAGGGGCGGGCGGCGCCGGGGGAGGAGCUGCGCCCGUGCGCCCCGCGCUGCGCCCCAGCCCCGCGACUGCAGCGCCGCGGCCGCCCCGGAGCCCGAUCUGCUCCAGUGGCCCCGGGACCUGUCCGGUGAGCGGGGAGGAGGCGCCAGGCGUACAAGGCGGCGGGCCGCGUGGAACAUGCCUCCCCCAGCGGGGGCUUCUCCCGCCCGAGGCCGCCACCCCCCGCGCCCAUGGCCGCCGGCCCGGGCCCGUCGCUCUCCGGCGCCUUUGAGCUGCUCGGCGCUGCGGGCCACGACAAGCUCCUGUAUCUGAAGCACAAGCUGAAGAGCCCACGGCCGGGCUGCCGGGGCGCCGAGCUCCUGCACGCCAUGGUGCUGCUGAAGCUGGGCCAGGAGACCGAGGCCAGGAUCUCCCUGGAGGCCUUGAAGGCCGACGCGGUGGCCCGGCUGGUGGCCCGCCGGUGGGCCGGCAUGGCCGGCGCCGAGGACCUGGAGGAGCCCCCGGACUUGUCCUGGGCCGUCGCCCGGCUGUACCACCUGCUCAGCGAGGAGAAGCUGUGCCCGGAGCCUCUGCGGGAUGUUGCCUACCUGGCAGCCCUCCGUGCUUUCAGCUCCAGAGAUGACCACCGGCUCGGGGAGCUCCAGGACGAGGCCCGGGACCGGUGUGGGUGGGACAUCGUUGAGGACCCCGUGGACUUCGGGCCUCUGCACUCCGAUAUGGGCUGCCUCCCGCCGGCCUCGGCGUCGCCCUCCGGGACCCGCAGCCUCCCGCAGCCCAUCGAGGACCUGUCGGCCUGGAGCCGAGGGUGUCCCCUGAGGUCGGGCGGCAGCCCGGUGUCCCUGGCCAGCGCCUUGGAAAUCAGCCAGUCGCCCACCAUGCGCAUCCUCAGCCUGCAGCACGGUCCCCACGGGCCCAGCAGGCUGUGUGACGAGCCCCGGGCCAGCGUGGCACCUGAGCCCGCUCCCACGGGCUGCCAGGAGCCCGAGGAGAUGAGCUGGCCCCCGUCGGGGGAGCCCGCCAGCCCCCCGGUGCUGCCAAGCCACCCAGCCCUGCGGCUUCCUGAGGACACCCCGGAUGUGCCUGCUGGCCUGGCCGACACCCCGAAAGCUCCAGAAACCGGCACCCAUUACCCGGUGGAGUGCACGGAAGUGUCGGCGGCACCCCCGUCUCUCGCCUCGCCCUCCAGGCCCGUCAGGGACCCGACGCCACCCCAGCUUCCUGCAGAAGACGCCGCUCGGCUACCCCCCAAGCCGUGCCCACCGACUCCCUCGGCCCCCACCACGUCCCCCUCCUUCCCUCCUCCAUCCACCCCUCCUUCCGCUCGCCCAGCCCCCUCCAACCCGGGUCCCGCCUCUCCGGAGGCCCAGCCGUCGGAGCAGAAGUUCUAUAACUUCGUGGUCCUGCACGCGGGGGCCGACGAGCCCAUCGCCCUGCGCGUCCGCGAGAGGCUGGAGGCCCUGGGCGUGCCCGACGGGGCCACCUUCUGCGAGGACUUCCAGGUGCCGGGGCGCGGGGCGCUGCGCUGCCUGCAGGACGCCAUCGACCACUCGGCCUUCACCAUCCUGCUGCUCACCGCCAACUUCGACUGUCGCAUGAGCCUGCACCAGGUCAGCCAGGCGCUCAUGAGCAGCCUCACGCGGCACGGCUGGCAGGACUGCGUGGUCCCCUUCUUGCCGCUGGAGAGCUCCCAGGCCCAGCUGAGCCCCGACACCGCCAGCCUGCUCUCCGGCCUGGUGUGGCUGGACGAGCACUCCCGGAUCUUCCCCAGGAAGGUGGCCAGCACCUUUAAGCUCCAGCAGCUGCGGGCCCGCAGAGCCAACUGGAGGAGGGAACAGGACGCCCGGGCCCUGCGGGCGCAGAGCCAGCAGCUAGACGGGGAGCGGCUGCAGCUGGCGGCCUUGAAUGCCGCCUACUCCACGUACUUCCAGAGCUGCUUGUCCUGGCAGGCGCAGAUGGAGAAGCUGCAGGCAGCUUUUGGGAGCCACAUGUCACUGGGGACUCAGGGGCCUUCUGGGGGCCAGGUGCCCGGGGGAGCCCAGCCUUUCCCAGCCUUUCCCACCUGGCCCGGCCAUCAGCCGCCUCCGCGGCUGGCGGGCACCCCUCCACCACCCUUCGCGCAGCCCCCUGCCUUCCCGCAGCCCCCCACCAUCAUGCAGCCCCCCAACUUCCCGCAGCCCCCCACCAUCAUGCAGCCCCCCGCCUUCCCCCAGCCCCCCGCCUUCCCGCAGCCCCCACCUGUGCCCCCCCAGAGCCCGGGGCUGCAGCCUCUCAUCAUCCACCACGCGCAGAUGGUGCAGCUGGGGCUCAACAACCACAUGUGGAGCCAGAGGGGGACCCAGGCGCCCGAGGACAACACUCAGCAGGGGGAGUGACCAAGUGACUGGGGCCUGAUGACCUCGGGCCCCCUGGGGCUGGACCUCAGAGGCCCUCUCCUCCCUUUCCGGGGGCGCAGUGCAACAUGGGGUCGUCCGCCGCUUCCAGGACGUUGGCGGGAAGACCUCCAUCUCUCAGGACAGAGUGCAAUGACCCCGAUGACUUGCUGGGGGGCCCAGAUCCUCUCUCCCUGGAUGGGGGGAGGGGCUGGGGGAUAGGGUGACGGUGUUUUAAUUAUAAUAAAUAUUUAUUGACUGCU